GCCUCAGCACAAGGCAGCAGCUCCGGUCCCGCUCACCCCGGCCGUGCCCCGCUCUGCACCCACCAUGGCUCCGCGACUCCUCCUGCCUCUGCUCCUGCUUAUUGCCACCUUCCUCCUCAUGGUCUGGGCUCAAGGCCCCUCAGCCUCAGACUGCUGCCUGAAGCACAGCCAGAAAAUUGUCCCUGAAAGCAUUGUCAAGUCCUACAGACUCCAGGGACCAGAGUCAGGAUGUCCUCUGCAUGCUGUUGUGUUUACCACCAGGAGAAACAAGAAAAUCUGUGCCUCUCCCACCAAACUCGACGUUCAGAUGACGAUGCAGAACCUGGACAAGAAGAAGAAUGGCAAGAAAGACAAGAAGAAGGGGCAGCCCCCACGUCCCAGGGGCAGACCCAAGAGGCCGAAGCAGCAGCAGGUCUAAGCCAGGCCUGAAGCUGUAGGACUGAUGCCUUCCCUACAAAUGACUGACACACCGCCUGGCAAUGGACACCCAGUGAUUGCCCACCAGCCCCCGGGCUGUUUCUGCUGCAGAGAUCUCCCCAGCUGGGACCCCCUGCACUAUCUGGGUGCUUUCUACAGAAGGGAUCACCCAGGUCCUCACUUGCCCCACAGCCAGGCCAGUGGGGACCUGGACCCAGAUGGGAGCUGAGCCACAGCCCCAACUGGGAGAUGAGCUCAUCUCCAACUGGGAGAUGAGCAGCCUUCCCACCAGAGGGGAUUUUUGUAGCCUAGCAGGAUGGCAGCUUUUCCUAUGACUCUGUUGGGGGAUUUUAUAAAUUUGUUUUUAUAUUUAAAAGCUCUACUUUCAUACAGUCUUCCUGCAAGGCUCUACUUCUAGCUCCUGGUGCUUCAGAGUAUCCUGUACAUUGCAGGCUGGCUUUUCUAGAGGAUUGUUCUUAUUUUUAUACCAAAUAAACAAGAGCUGCAUUCCC